GGCCCCGUUCUGUUUUCAAUUUUAGUUGCAAUGGCGGUGAAAACGGAUGGAAGCCAUGGAGAGAAAUUGAAGAAAUUCCUUGCAGAAACUUCAGCCGAUGAGAAUAUUGCAAGGUAUUACUUAGAAAGUGAAAAAUGGAACUUAGAAACUGCUCUUGCUGGGUUCAAACAAAUGAAACUUGAAGAAGAGCAGAGAUCUGUGAGUAGGUCUUCAGGUGGCAAAGGCAAUGGUGAUAGGCCUAAACACACAGAAAAAAGUGAUCGUAUUGGACCUUUGCGUCGAGGCCUUUCCAUGGCAAACUCAGAAUUGGUUGCAAAUGCUCGGCUAGAGAUGGAAAAUAACGGAAAGGCAGAUGGAAAAAGUCAAUCGGAUCUACCUCAGACUACUCGUACUUUCAUUUUACCAAAUAUUACUGUGGUUAAGGAUCCAGAACUUGUCGAAGCACUAAAAAAAGACUUGAUCGACAAAGCAACAUAUCAGUCGUUAACAAAAGCAGGAGUUCUAAAUUGGUGGUCAAAUGGAAAUUUGUCAGCAUGUAGAAAAUUGUUCCCAAUGUCAACAGUUGGUGAUGGAAACUGCUUGUUGCAUGCUGUUUCCCUAGGAAUGUGGGGAUUUCAUGAUAGGUUACUAACACUGAGAAGGGCUCUUUACCACUCAUUGACAAGUGAAUCUGCCAAAGGAGCUCUGAGGCGAAGAUGGAUGUUUCAGCAGUGGAAGCUGAACAUGGAGGCGGGUGGACUGUGUUUUACGCCCGACGAAUGGAGGGAAGAAUGGGAAGGUAUUGUGCGAUUGGCGUCUGAUAAACCACGUGGUCAAAAGAAAGCACCACUUACACCUCGAAAGAUAAGCAAACAGUACUCGAUUGCAACAAGCUCAAUACACGAUGAGUUGCUUAAACGGACAGACUCAGAAGGCUCAGACAGUUUCGAUAGCUUGGAGGAGUUUCAUGUGCUUGCACUUGCCCAUGUAUUGAAAAGACCGAUUAUUGUUAUAUCAGACACCAUGUUACGUGAUCUAGAAGGUCAACCCUUGCAGCCUAUACAUUUUGGUGGCAUAUACUUGCCUAUUGAGUGUGAUCCAGCCAAAUGCUACAAGUACCCGCUUGUCCUAGGUUAUGAUUCCGGUCACUUUGCUGCCCUUGUACCGGCUGAAGGCGAAGACGUUGGUUCAAAUAAGAUAACCUUGUCUUCAAGUGUCCCUCUCAUUAACUCUGAUAUCGAUCUCCUGCCUCUCCAGUUUAUUACCGAUCCUGGCGAAACGUGGUUGUUGACAUCAGAUGAUUCGAAGAAAAAGAAGCUCCCCGAAUUGUCGAAACAAGAAAAGCUUCAUAUUCUUUCGAAAUAUCUUCAUAUAAUAAAAGUAACCCGCCCAAAUGAAAGGCAGUCGAUUCUUCCAGCUUUUCAAGCCAAUGCACCUGAGGAGUUUGAGCUGGACGCAAGUGACCUAGGAAGCUUUUUCCGUAAAAAGUCAAAGGAAGGCAAGCAGAUAAUUUCGAAGGCGUUCGAAAACAUCACCACUUUGAUGUCAGGUCAUUCAAAUCUUAGUAAGAGCAAAACGUCGCCAAAACUAAUGAGGAAGGUCUCAUACAAGCCAUUAUAUGCAGCAAAGCUUGAUCUGGUAAAUAGGCCAAAGUAUUUUGAUGAUAUGAUCAACAAUUACAUAGAAGGUGCAAGAAAAAGAUUGCAGGAACAGAAAAAUACACAGAAAGCUGUACCAUCCCGUAUGCAAUGUGCAACGCCCGGAUGCACUUUCUACGGUUCUCCCGAAAGCAACUACCUUUGUUCCAAAUGCUACGGUUACCAACAAGAGAUGUCCAGGGUACAUAAAAGUAUGCCCGUUUUGCGGGAAGAGCGGCCUCCAAUGUUAAGGCAGGCUCAACGUCAGCUUUCCAAUCCGGAAAAUGCGAAGAAUUCGGAAGAUCUACUACUAAACUUCCACGACCGAACUUUCUCAGAUUCUUUCAGACCAGCUACUGCCCCGCCACCGGAAAAUUUGAUCGGUACGAGCAGUCAUUUUGGCGUGAGCACAAGUUUGGAUGAACUUCCUGAACGGAUUAAUUUACCUGCAACGGCCCCGUUUCCUUCAUUAGACACAACUUCCAACGUUGGCAGCCUGACAGAGCAAAGACAGGGCACAGUGAUAGAUGCAAACAAAUCGAAAUUACCAGAGAGGCUACCAUCAUACGAAUCGAAAAUAUCACAAUCUAAUUACAAUAUUGACUCAUUGAACAAAGAACCGAAGUUGCAGCAGCAACAACCAAAUACCACUACUCGCAGCUUUUACCGAAGAGAACUUGCUCAGUUCGAUCCAGUUAUAAAUCCAAAUAUUAAACCAUUUUCCUUUGAAAGGUUUUGUAGAAAUGUUGGUUGCAAAAUAUUUGGUUCAAACGAAUACGACGGAUUCUGUUACUCAUGCUAUUCAAGAAUUCACCAGGAAGGUGGUUAUGUGUAAAUAUAUCUGUUAUGGGAAUGAGUGGUAAUUACUUCGUUAAAAGUUCAGCCAGAAAUCCAAUUUUACAGAGACAGUGGUGGGUAUAAACAGGACUGUUGCGGGUAGUUUCUUGUGUAGUUAAACUGUUAAAUUGAGCAACGAUGCUCCUUCUCACAAUAAGGUGUCCGUAGUCUAGCUGUAGGAUCACUUCUGCAUGGCGUUAACUGUAAUGAAGCAUAUUUGAGAAUAAACUGUUUGCCCGUUGCUUGCAGGUGUCCGCCUAAAGUUGGUAUCUGCUUUGAGGCGGUGUCCCUUAAUAAAGGUGACACAGGUUGUUGUUUUGUUCCAGCCUAUAAUCGGUCGAAAGGGCGGCCCUGUAAUCGGUACGAUUUUCUUUUGAUAAUAAGAUCUCUUAUGUCGGAGACAAGUUUUGAGGGAUAAUGAGGAAUGAUACCAAAUCUUGCAAUAACCUUCAAAAAUGAUUUAUAAUUUGAAAUUAGCUCUCCUACCCUACUUACCCUGGUUGCCUGAGCCUCAAAGAGAAUUCCUUUCCCUCGUCCUUCAUCCUCUUUGAGGUUCUGGCAUCCAGGGUAUACCAUACUAGACACUUGAAUUUCUAGCUAAUAAAGAGGCUUUUUGUCAAAUAGAGAAAGAAUCAAACGGGGCUCUUAUUAAUUGUUAUGUCUAUGAUUCGAUCAUGUUGCAGUGAUGCCAUGGUUUAUUUUCUUAGUUGAUGGUCGUAUAUGGUUUUGUAUUUGUGUUUACGUUGAUAUUCUUAUAGAUGUUUAAGGUUGAUAUUUAAGUUUAUAUAGAAUUGUUCUUCUAGUGUGAACGGAAAUGAUCAUAAGGAUAUAAUUUAAUAUUUCUUAUGAUUUAUAUAUAGCGUUGAUUUUGGGUAUUUACAGAAACGAUUGCUCAGCUGCAUUCGAAUGAUAUCAUAUGUUGACUCUCUCUUUGGGACUUCUUCUAGUUUAUGCUAAGAAUUUGCUCUAAAGAGUUCCUCAUGGAUCCUGCUUCGAUCCUAUACUGUUCACUGUGUAGGCUGAUCAUUCUGAGCGUUGUUUAGGGCCUAUCUUCAGCAAACAUAUUGUUUUAAGGUAGUCUUAGAAGGUUAGAUAUAAAAUGUUAACAGUUGCAGAAAAAUAUUUUAUAAAGUAUAAAGUAUUUUACCCGAAAAAGGAGUUUUUUGCAAUUCUUGAAGUUACAAUGAAAGAAAUCAUAAGGAAACGUUAAAAUAUUUAUCUUGGUAAGAAUUCAGUUUUUUUAUCCUUAGAACAAUGAAUUCCAGAUCCUAUGAUUCGAAUUUUAGUACUCUUUGUAAAAGUACCCUUGUUAUUUUAAUCGAGAGAACAUAUUUCCCCAUUUAUAAUGAAAACUGCUGUAAACUUGUCGUUUUUAAUGUGCUUCCAGUUUUUUGUUGCCUAUGGCAUUUUCGAUUCCUACAAGAAAUAGCGUAUCUAGUAUGUAUAAGUGCAAACAUACUUCAAUGUGAUUUUGACCAAAAUUGAUACUUUAUCAAUACUUCCUUAGUUAGAAUUUGCAGACCUUUUCAUUCAAAGUUAUCGCAUUCGAUAAUAUAAAGACAGGCAUGUCAAAAUGCUAGCUUGGCUGACGUGAAGAAGUGAUCAUUUUUAAGAGAAAAACUGACUGGUCAGGAUGUUUUGUGUUGUAUAAAGCCCCGGCCAAAUCAGUGCUGCAUUUCGUCCGACAAUUCCCAACAUUGUCAAUAGAAGUCUUGUUGGACAUUGUUGGGCAUUGUUGGACAUUGUUGGAUGUUGGGGUGGCCAAGGCAGCACAACAUUUCAUCGAGCACUUGUCGAUUUAUCAACCACAACAACUACAGAGUCUAAUUCCAUUCACUCGAGCCUAUGCUAAAAACUGAGCAUGGUAACUCAAUAACAAGCAAAGCAAAAAGCAAUUAUUUAAACAAUUAUUAAACUCUAGAUUCUAGCUCUUUAAACAAGAACAUUGCUUUCGUACAUCUUGAAUUUUCG